AAUUGUGAUCGUAACUCAAUCGUUUAAUCAGAUUUAUAAAUUGUUUGAAAACUUUGAUUGUGAUUGAAAAGUUGCAACAAUAAAGCUGAGGAAAUGUUCAAUAAAUUGAAAAGUAAAUUAACUAAUUACUUUGAGAACAAUUUAAUUGAAGAGGAAAAUUUAAUUUCCAAGGUAAAGUUACUCGAGAAGAUGGGAAACUUUUUCCAAUGUACUGGUUAUCAACAAUUAAGUAAAUUGUCAACAUUUACCCACACAUUUCAUACGAUCAGUCACCUUUGGUACUUUGUCGUUUUCGGCCGUUCGUUGGCCUUAAUCUUAUCCGAUGAUCCAUUGGACUCAUUGUAUUUGGGUGAUUUUUUCAGUUCCACCAGCGGGAAAAAUUUUCUCCAUGCAAACCUGAUUGUCUAUUAUUUGCUGUUCUUUUCCUCUCGAGCGGGAGUUCACAUUCAAGAAUCAGGUCGACCUCAGGCCAUGUUUACCUUUUACAAUACGAUAAAAACGGAAGGAUUUACAUCGAUUCGUCAACUAUUAUCAUCGGCCGAUUAUUACACUUGGAGGAGUCACUUUUAUCUCGCUAUUCAGUUUUACUUGGUCGGAAUUCCCGCUGUGGCCUUGUCCCUGUUCAUGUUGUGCCUUGUUUUCGCACUCGAAAACCCGUCGCUCUAUUUGUCGGUUUACCAUUUUCUCUGGUACUUUUUCUGGUUAAUCUUAAUCACGGCUCCUCUUUGUUUCAACGUUUUCAUCCUUUUCUUUUACUACACUCACACUAUGACAUUACUUAGCUAUUUAUCUCUAUCCUUGGCUUAUGUUAACUCGAUCGGCUUAAAGUUAGUCCAUGUUUCCGAAUCGCAAAACUUAGGUGACCAUUUGCGACUUUUACGAUUUUAUCUGAAAAAUCAAAAUUUCCUCAUGAAUCUGAUCAGAUUUGUCAAUUCAAAUUCGGAGGCAACUCUUUGGACGGGAUAUUUGAUCUCAUGUUUUCUAGCAGAUUUCAGUUUAUUUUUAGGACUUUUCGUCGAUUCUGAUUCUAAGAUCAUGAGUAUCAUCAGUUUCUAUUUGGCCUGUACUGCGUUCAGUAAUCUCCUAGUACUUCAUCAUGCAGGAACUGAAGUUCACAAUCGUUUGAUGGACAUUCGACAAAAAAACUUUUCCUUACAAGCUCGAGGAAUUAAAAUACUUCCAGAAUCAAUUGCUUUAUGGAUCAAUUCGACUCAGGAACGAUUUCAAAAUGGAGAAAUCGGAAUAACGAUUUGUCAUAUUUUCGCGACAACUCAAACCUCGCUACUUUAUUUUGUAUUGGAAAACAGUGGGAUACUUAUGAUGUUUGUCGCUAAUUUCAAGAAAAGUUAAUCAAUUGGUAAAUCAAAAAUUCUGUCAACAAACUAAUUGUAUUGAGAAUUAAACAAAAUGUUGGAAAUAAACUUU